AUGUAUUUCAUCACGAACGUGUGGAUUAAAUGGUCAGCUUCACCAAUGAUCAUCACUUUGAGUGCAUUUGCAACUCCAAUUACAAAUUUCCCCUUUCCAGCUGUAACGGUGUGUAAUAUGAAUCAAGCUCGAAGGUCGGCUGUUGUACAGCUGCCAUACGACUCAGUUGACUAUUCGUUGGUGCAAAGUUUAUGCACACAAUCGGUGGAUGAUAAUAUCACAACUCUGAAACCAGGGAAAUGGAUCGAUUUCAAACGAGUUUUGAUGAAAGUGUCUCAGUCGUGUGAAGAGAUGAUGGUGGCCUGUUGGUACGGUGGGUUUGAAGUCAAAUGUAUGGACAUAUUUCAGAGCAUUUUAACUGAUGAAGGAUUGUGUUGUACUGGCAAUAGUAUGGGAUUAAGUCUCGUGUUAGAUGUUGCAGAGGACGAGUACUACUGUUCAAGCACCAAUUCUUAUGGCUUUAAAGUACUCUUACACAGUCCAAGUGAAACGCCGAAAAUUGCAUACUAUGGUACGGCCGUGGCAAAUGGCUUUGAAACACGAGUUGUAAUUGUACCGACUUUAUCCGAAGCAUCGUAUUCGGUGCGAAAGGUUGCACGCGGCAUCAGACAAUGCCUGUUUGAGUCUGAAAAUUAUCUUACAUUCUAUAGAACAUAUUCGAGAAGGAAUUGUCAGAUGGAAUGUGAAGCAAGGAUCCUUUUAUCCAAUUGCAAUUGUGUACUCUAUUACAUGCCCCGUUUUCAUGACGAUAUAACAAUUUGCGGCCGAUCAGACAAUGGUUGCGUUACCGAGGUCAAUCGCAAAUUGCAAUCAAAGACAAAUUCGAGUUUCGUAUGUGAAUGCCUCCCCGGAUGCUUUGCAUUGGCUUAUGAUACUGAAAUGUCUCUUUCACCACUGUUGCAACGGUCACCGUUGCUUCAACGCAGAAAAUUGGUCGCAUCGGACACAGCAAUGGUACACAUCUACUACAAAGAUCAAUCCACGAGAAGUCAAAAGAAAGAGGAGCUAAUUGGAUUUACAGAGUUCUUGAGCAACACAGGCGGAUUGUUGGGGUUAUUUAUGGGUUUCUCAGUUAUAUCUAUCAGUGAAUUGUUUUAUUUUAUGACCAUUCGGCCAUAUUGUAAUUACAUUCGAAUCUCGCAAAAGCGUCGCCAUAAGUUCAAGCGAUUGUUCAACAAAGUGCGGAAUCUACGCUUCAAAAAGAAAUCCGAUGAGACAUCAAAUGCACUCGUAGCUCUGAAAACCAUAGACAAUGUCGUAUUUCCCUAUGUCGAAUGA